CGGCGCGCGGAGUCCCCCACACCGUGCCGCGCUUGCUUGGCUCGCCCCGGCGGGUGUGCGCGGGUGCUUCGUUUUCGCCGCCCUGAUUCCAGCGAGGAGGGGGAACUGCAGGUGGGAUCCGGCCCGCUGGACUGCUUCUCCGAGCCACCGAGCAAGCGGCACCCUUCCCCUGCCCUUGACAGCAGCAUCUCUCCCUUUUAAAGAAGCAGCAGCCUACACACACACAUAUAUGUAUUUUUCCCUUUGGGGGAAGCGCCUUUGAAACCCUGCACCAUUUCACUGUGGACCAUAUAUCCUCUUGCGGCUAUGGGAGACAUGGGAGACCCACCGAAAAAAAAACGCCUGAUUUCCCUAUGCGUCGGUUGCGGCAAUCAAAUCCACGAUCAGUAUAUUCUGCGAGUUUCUCCGGAUUUGGAAUGGCACGCGGCGUGUUUGAAGUGCGCGGAAUGUAAUCAGUAUUUGGACGAGACGUGUACGUGCUUUGUUAGGGACGGAAAAACCUACUGUAAAAGAGACUAUAUCAGGUUAUACGGCAUCAAGUGCGCAAAGUGCAACAUCGGCUUCAGCAAGAACGACUUCGUCAUGCGGGCCCGCUCCAAAGUGUACCACAUCGAGUGCUUUCGCUGUGUGGCCUGCAGCCGCCAGCUCAUCCCGGGCGACGAGUUCGCGCUGCGGGAGGACGGCCUCUUCUGCCGGGCGGACCACGACGUGGUGGAAAGGGCCAGCCUCGGCGCCGGGGACCCCCUCAGCCCCCUGCACCCCGCCCGGCCGCUGCAGAUGGCAGCAGAACCUAUCUCCGCCAGGCAGCCGGCUCUCAGGCCGCACGUCCAUAAGCAGCCGGAGAAGACCACCCGCGUCCGGACCGUCCUCAACGAGAAGCAGCUGCACACCUUGCGGACCUGCUACGCCGCCAACCCCCGGCCCGACGCCCUCAUGAAGGAGCAGCUGGUGGAGAUGACCGGCCUCAGCCCCAGGGUCAUCCGCGUCUGGUUCCAGAACAAGCGCUGCAAGGACAAGAAGCGGAGCAUCAUGAUGAAGCAGCUGCAGCAGCAGCAGCCCAACGACAAGACCAACAUCCAGGGGAUGACCGGCACUCCGAUGGUGGCGGCGAGUCCCGAAAGGCACGACGGGGGCUUGCAGGCGAACCCGGUGGAGGUGCAGAGUUACCAGCCCCCCUGGAAAGUCCUCAGCGACUUCGCCUUGCAGAGUGACAUCGAUCAACCGGCUUUUCAGCAACUCGUUAAUUUUUCAGAAGGAGGCCCAGGCUCCAAUUCCACCGGAAGUGAGGUAGCAUCCAUGUCCUCUCAACUCCCGGAUACACCCAACAGCAUGGUAGCCAGUCCUAUUGAGGCAUGAGGAACAUUCCUUGUGAUGUUGUGGUCUUUGAAGUCUUUUCGCCCCUGCUGGAGAGAGUGGGAAAGCUACCACGUUUGGGGACUCGAGAGAAAAAAAAAAGUGUUUAGAAAAAGAAAGAAUGGAAAAAAAAUAUUUAAUACAACCUUGUUCAUGAACCUAAACAAAGACAACUCCAUGAACUGUCUGGGGAGUUUUGUUUUGUUUUUCCUUUUGCAAUGAUAAGGUAGCAACACUGUGAAGACAAUCAUGGGAUCUUACUAGAAUAAUAUUCAAAGAGCAAAGGAAAAUGCUUUUUUUUAAAAAAAAAAAAUACCCACGCAAAAGGAUCUGAGGAGGAGGAUCAAGGGGAAAAAAAUAAACAGACGUUUGAAAAACGUGAAGGAUCCGGUCCUGAAGAUUUCCCACCUUUUCCCAGAUGGUACCCUUCAGCGACUGCACAUCCUCGAGAGAAAGCCUCGUUUCCAUCCUUAACCCCCUCGGUGCUGUUUGUCAGCUGGCCUUUCCCCUUGCCAAAACCAAAACAUACUAGGGAAAAGAAAACACUUCGGAAAGGAGUUCUUAUAGGUUGCUUCCCCCGAGAUCAAGAAAGGACAAUCUAUAGCCCCUCCAGACAGAACGAGCCAUUGAAAGGAGGAGGAGCUGCGAGUGGUUUGAAAAAGUGCUGGGGGGUUUUUUGGUUUGUUUUGCUUUUUUGGUUUUUUAAAAAUCCCCGUUGACUCCAACCAGGGAGGGGGUUGUGGUCUCCGACUAGCGUGCACUGUCGCUUCUUCCCCCUCCCCACCUUCUUUUUGGGGUUAGGGCUGGCCGAGAUCCCUCCUGUCUCCCGAAGCCUCCAGUGACUUUCGAGGUUUUUUUUGGUUUGUUCGUUAAAGGAGGAAGUCGUGUGCGUGUGUGUGCGUUGGGGGAGGGAGCGUUUUACAUCCCAGUUUAAAACUUCUUUUGCAACCAGGUAUACCUCUUUUUUUGGCCACACACACACACAAAUGGUGUCUCUCGGGGUUGUGUUUUUGACUGGCGUCGGCUCAAUAACAUUCCCUCUCCCUUCUC